CCUUUUCCCUUCAUCUCUUCCCUUACUAACCACUCUGUUUCUUCAUUCCUUACCUUGAUAACCGAUAACCACAGCAUCCCAAUCCCCUUGCUAACCACCGUGUUCUCCCUCCACAGCCGGGCGGUGCUGGGGAACCUGGAUGUGCUGGGCUCGACACCGUGGUGGUCAGUGUGGGGCCAUGACUUCUGGGGGUCACCUUUGUCCCGCCGAGGGUCACACGGCUCCUGGCGACCCCUCACCACCCUCUCCUUCAGGGUGAACGCGGCAGUGGCUCGCGCUUUGGCUCCCGACUACGGCCUGGCGGGCACCGAGGGACACCCCGCCGGAGUGCCACCACCCUCACCACCUCUGGCAUCGUCGUCGGCAGUGCCAAGUCCCGCCGUGCCUUCCCUCACCCCUUCGCUCAACGCCGCCUUCUCGGCUUCCACUUUCCACGCCUUCAACGUUCUCUUGCACGCCACCGUCACCGCUGCCUACGUGGGCGUGUUAAAGGGCGUGGGCGUGGGUGCAUGGGCGUGCCUGGGGGCAGGGUCGCUCUUCGCCGCCCAUCCUGUUCACGUGGAGGCCGUGGCCGGGGUGGUGGGCCGCGCCGAGCUGCUGGCCGCCCUCGCUUUCUGCCUCGCCCUCGCCGCCUACACCAGGUACCUCCGUGGGCGGGCGACGGGGCGGGCGUGGGGGCGGCGCCCCAGCGGGUGUGGACAUGAGUGUGUGUGUUGGACGGACGGCCAGAGCGGACGCUCCCUGCCCAGCGUCCUCUUCUUCUGGGGCAGCAAGGGCAGGGGGGCGCCGCACCUGCCGUCGUGGGCAUGGCUGGGCCUCAGUAUAGCUGGCGCGGGCGUGUCCAUGGCGUGCAAGGAGCAGGGCGUGACGGCGCUGGGCGUAGGGCUGCUGCUGCACGCCGCCGCGGUGGUCUGCAUCACGCCAAGGAACAAGGCUGUGGUGACGAGUCUGGUGCGGGAGCUGUGGCCGGCUGGCGUGGGCGCCGCAGCACUGCUGUGGGCGCGUAUAAACGUGGCCCCGCACACGCCCUCCUUCACCACCGCGGAUAAUCCCGCCGCCCACGCCCCCUCGCUGCUCACCCGCGCCCUUAGCAUUGCGCGGGGCUGGGCAGUGCACGGGCGGCUGCUGGUCUGGCCCGCCACGCUGUCCUUUGACUGGUCACAGGGCGCCGUGCCGCUCGUCACGUGUCUCAGUGACCCCGCCAACCUGGAGACUGCGGCGCUGCUGGCGUGUGUGGGGGUCCUGGCCGCUACCGCCGCCGCCGCCUGCUGGAGGGCCCGCCAGCAGCUCAGCACGGCCGCCAAGAUGUACACAUAUCAGAGCCAGCACGCCUACCACGACGUGCUCAACAACAACGUGACGCAGCACGGGGAGGCCGCCUGCCCCGCCUGCCCCCAGCGCCGGCCCCCGCGCCGGCCGGCCAGCCCCCUGCCCCUCGUGCUGGCCUGGGGCCUUCUUGUUGUGCCCUUCCUCCCCGCCUCCAACUUGGCCGCCUACGUGGGCUUUGUUGUGGCGGAGCGCGUUCUCUAUCUCCCCUCCAUGGGCGCCUGCUUGCUGGUGGCUCUCGGCUGCCAGAGUCUGUGGCGCGCCCUGGGCUGCGGCAAGUGUUCCUCCUCAGGGGACAGCCGCAGUAAAUCCCAGGGGCGGCGGGGGAGGCGGUGGAGAGGGGUGCUGAUAGGCGGGUGGGUGGUGCUGUUGGCGCUGCUCUCCGCCCGCACCGUCAGGAGGAACCAGGACUGGCAGAGCGACGAGACUCUCUACCGCUCCGGCGUCUCCCUCAACCCCCCAAAAGCUCUGUCUAACCUGGGCGUGGUGUACAGCGAGCAGGGGCGGCUGCCGGAGGCUGAGGCUGCCUACCGUGCGGCCCUGCGUCACGCGCCCUCCAUGGCCGACACCCACUUCAACCUGGGCCUGCUGUUGGCGUCCACGGGGAGGGCGGAGGAGGCCAUCGAGAGCUACCACGCCGCUCUCAGGAGCAGACCGUGGCUGGCGCAGGCUCACUUGGGCCUCGCCGGGGCUCUCCAGACCCUGGGGCGGGAGGCUGAGGCCACAAAGGUGUUGGAGGCGUGCCGCGAGACAGGGUCAGCCCCGGCGCGGGACGGGCUGGGCCACUCCUGGGCCGUCACCACCUGCAGGCAGCGGCUGGCACGGGCACACCUGCUGGCGGGCAGACCUCACUCGGCCCUGCAGGAGGUGGCCCGCGCCCUGCAGCACGCCCCGCAGGGUUACGGCGCCCACUCCCUGCACACCCUAGCGGCGGAGGCACACCUGGAGGCCGGAGAGCACGCCGAGGCGCAGGCAGCCCUCUCGCGCGCCCUGGCGGCCCACCCCCACCACGUGCCCGCCCACCUCACCUUCUCCAGGAUGCUGCAGGCCAACGGCAGCCGCGCGGAGGAGGUGGAGCAGUGGCUGCGGCGCGCCGUGGCUCUGGCGCCCAACGACCCUCACGCCCACAAGCACCUCGGCCAGUUGUUGUUGGAGCAAGACCGCGUCGAGGAGGCGGUGGGGGCGUGGCUGAGGGCGGCGCUGCUGGACUCCACGGACCACACCGCCGCUUUCAACGCCGCCACCGCCCUCAGGCUCGCCGGGAGGAACCAGCACGCCGAGACUUUCUACAGGAGGGCCGUCCAACUCCAGCCAAAGGAUGUGGCCAGCCAUCGUAACCUCGGCGCUAUUCUCCACCUGAACGGCAAACUGGAGGAGGCGAGGAAGCAUUACGACGAGGCCUUGGCGCUCGCCCCCGGGGACCCGCAGACCACCACCAACCUCCAGAGGCUCUCGGCACUCCUGCACAAGAAGGGGCUGUCCUAGUGACCCGCUGUAGGACGCUUAGACCCACCCUCUCACUAUUAUUAUUACCGGUCCCACGGAGUCCCCUUAACAUAGCCAAGAAGAAGUUAUUCAGUCAGUCAGUCAGUUGGGUUAUAGUACCUUGACGUAGCUAACCCGCGGGCGCUUCCGAUAACGAUUAUAUUCUACUUAUAUCCACGAAGGUGCGCUGAGUAACCUUCCUACUACAGGACUACAGGACACCCGUUACUACAUUUUUCUUUCCCGGUGGCGGCAAAUCGUGUGGCUGUUGUAGAUUUGUUGAGCCGGAUGUCUGUCUGUCAACCGCCAGCCGGACCAGCUGCGCGCAUCGAUCAAGAAUCCCCUCAAGUAUCAGGAGCUCAAACUCGUAGCAAGCAACCCCAGACGACCUGCCUCGGGUGCUCUGGCGGCUUUGUAGUAUUCCUGUUUUGACUUCCCCCUCCAGCCCUCCCCUCAUUCCUCUUCCCCUCACCCCAUUCCCUCUCCUCCCCGUAUUCCCCCAAGCGGUGUAGGUGUGGAAUCCCCCUCAAGACUCUCCAAGGCUCCUCUUCGAGUGUGUGGAACCAGAGAUCGAGAACGGAGAAGCAUGUCGAAGUGGCCGCCGCGAGAUGAAGUGUCGGAAGUGAUGAAAGAGACCGAGACAGUAACCGAGGAGGAGACCAGCAGUCGUCACUUCUCUCGCGCGAAAAGCAAAGAAAUAAGAGAAAACAUCAUCCCAUUUUACGAUACCGGGGUACAUUUUUGACGCCCCAUUUAUACCUUUCUCGAUAUUAUUUCCAUUUUUUUUUUCCAUAGCCUUCACCGUUUUUUUGUUUUUCUUUACCAGCCGUACACUCUCUUCUACCGCCUUCCCAUUCUCUCCCUCCCCUCUGCCUUUCUACCCCCCAACUAACGAUCCCUCCCUCCCAUCUGUAUAUGCUUUAUCGCCGUUUAUUUUCGUCUGGCUUGUCGCUGCGGGGCUGGUGAGGACGGCCGCCAGGAGGGAGAUUACAGACACGCUGAAGAGAAAGAGAAAACGUGUCCCCUCUAACGCACAUAUAUGAAGGAUGACUCCGCUAUUACCUGCUGCGGAGGGCACUCAUGUACUGGUCUGUAUUUCACUUUACUCUCUCUCUCUCUCUCUCUCUCUCUCUCUCUCUCUCUCUCUCUCUCUCUCUCUCUCUCUCUCUCUCUCUCUCUCUCUCUCUCUCUCUCUCUCUCUCUCUCUCAAACGGACUGCUUCUGGUCUAGUCAUUCCAAAGAUUAUGUUAUCGUUCCAUAUAAUCUUUCCUGAUCUCUCUCUCUCUCUCUCUCUCUCUCUCUCUCUCUCUCUCUCUCUCUCUCUCUCUCUCAAAAACCACGUUCACACAAGACUGUCUGCGUGCGAGUAUUGUUCAAGGAGCAUCACAUCAUCUGGUGAGCCAAUGGAGCGGAUCGAGGCAGUGAAGAGUGGUUCGAAUCCUCGCCCGACGACGCUUCGGAGCUUCUCUCUGUGUCCCUCUGUGGUAAGCGGCCUAUAACGUCGGUGUUCUGUGUAAUAUCUGUUUUCAUUUUCUUUCGCUAAUAUCGCAUCACUCACCAGACAAGUGGAAGCUUUCAACGUCAGUGGAAAUACUUACUGAGAAUAUCCUUGUGUUGCGGGGAAGUGUUCGCGGCGUUCGGGCCCGAGGGCUUGAAGGGCGUACAGGCGUGAGUCGGUCUCGUUUUCUCCUUUGCUCUCCGCGGCGCUCCCAGACCCAGCGUCAAACCGAGUGAGAUUAAGGUUAAUGCAACAGCGAAGUGUGUGUGUGUGUGUGUGUGUGUGUGUGUGUGUGUGUGUGUGUGUGUGUGUGAAGAAUGAAAAUAUUAAAGGUGAUGUAUCCAAGCACUCUCCAGUCAUCAUCGCCGUCUCUUUCAUCGCUGCCCGGACGGAGCCUCUCGUAGGAAGGCCCUUGUGUAGGACUUCCGGGGCCUUGGAUCGUCUGUGCACCUCUGAGUCUCCACACUGACUUAACCCUUUGUCUGUGUCAUGACCUGGGACAUUCCUGGACACCAGUCUGUGAUAUCUGCCAAGUAAGGAUCAUCCCAAGACACUGAAGCACAGAGUUAUCAACCAUGUUCCCCGCUCCCCGCCCCGCCCCGCCCCGCCAAGCCCCUGGUGAUGCGGGACGGGCCAAAGGAAGGUGUUAGGAUGUUAGAGCAAGACGCAGUGAGGGAAAGCCAGUCUUCGGCAGGGGUGGGGGUGGGGGGAAGGUUUUAUCAUCAUCCACCUAGUUCAUGUUAUAGAGUUCUGCCUGAUACGCACGGCACUUAGCAUUCCCAGGUGAGUGAGUGGCUCCUUAUUGAUGCCAAAGUUUUCCUUGUAAGGGAGGUGAAUACAAACACCGAUAAAGGACGACCUCAAAGAGACCGAGGCGGGUUGAAUUUCGGUCACGAGGAGAAGGAUCCAAAUCUUGUGACGGAGCGACGGUGGGCGCGACAAGCUUCACACGGCCUCUGUAGGGAGAGUGACGGCAAAAAUCAUAGCACAUGGCCAACAGCUGUUUCUGUACAAAAAGAAUAAUUAAGCAAAUAACCAGUGCUCUGCUUCCAUUACGAGUGGCGACAAAAUUGUACGCUCGGUGGCAUUUCUCUUCUCUCCUUUCCAGCGACCUAUCCAACGUGUUAAGUAGAAACUCGAGGCAGACGCCAGAGUCAGGGAAGCGUUCGUUCCUUGCGUUACAGUUUUACAUGGCGCACUUGAGGCAGAGGAGCAUUUACCUGCGCUGCCCAGGUACACUUCCUUACCUGUCCUGCACCAAAGAUGAAGUUGAUGAGAGAAUCCCGCGUCUCCUGUAGUCAUUCCUCUAGUCAGCCAAAUAGUGUACUACUACUUCUCUGUUUGCUUUACAUUCAUGUUCUCAUCGCCCUUUUCUGCAGGUUUUUUACAACAAUCACAUUCACGUAGGCAUAGCUGACGCCUACCUCGUAGCUCGCCGCGCCCUUCUCUUGUGCGUGGCUGCUCGUAGGGCUCCAGAGACUCACCUUCAGGCUUUGUAGAAGUGUACGAACGAAAGGACAAAGCAGUAUAGAUAUUUUUGUACAUACAGCAUAAAGGUGGUGGGUGGGAAAAUAGAGGUAAAAGCGUACCACGUGAAGAUAAUCAGUGAAGGACAGUCGAAGUGAAAGGAGUUGAAGAGAAAGAAAAGGGAGUUAGUAGUUUUAUUGGUCACAUUGGAGGAAACAAAUUGCUUUAUCUCCCUUCCAAAAGCCUUUACACUAUUUCAGCGAGUGUUGUCAUGCCGGAGUCGAACCAGCGUCCCCUGAAACACUGAGUCGGAACAUUUUCUCGCCAUUCACACACACUUAAGUGGUUUAGUCUUACUCAAUAGACGGCCUUUGGGAGCACUUUUAUUCAGUUAACUGUCAAAACAUGUGUGUGUGUGAGAGAGAGACUUUGUGUGUGUGUGUGUGUGUGUGUGUGUGUGUGUGUGUGUGUGUGUGUGCCCCGCACGAGAUCAGUGUAUAAACCAGGUGUGCUGCAGGUGAUACGGAAGAAACCUAAUGUUAUCCUCUAAUUAGUAUCAUGUACAUAGCCUCAAAUUAUAUAGAUAUAUAUACGAUGAUUUUUUAAAGGACCUCUCUCCAACAGACCUCUAUCUAUCUAUCUGUCUAUCUAUCUGUCUAUCAACAUUUAUCAAUAUAUAUCUUUCUACCUAAAUAUUUCUGCCUACAUCUAUCAACACAUGUAUAUUUCUAAUCUAUCUGUCUAUCUACAUUUAUCAAUAUAUAUCUUUCUACCUAAAUAUUUCUGCCUACAUCUAUCAACACAUGUAUAUUUCUACCUAUCCAUGACUGUUCUUCGUAUACAUGUCUUCAUUUCCUCCUCCCCUACCGUCUGUAUGUAAACCUGUGCAUCUCCUCUCGUUCCCCGCCAUUAUACAUUCCUAAGCCUCCAUCAUACAUAUAUACGUAUAUCCACCUAUUUUUCAUUCUUUUUUUUUGGUCAUUCCUUCCCACUGUCUCCCUUUCUAAGAUGUGCCUAAGCCUCUUACUACAACAAUUCAUAUUUGUAUUUAUAUUCUGCGACUUUCAGCCUUGUAAGACUAGGAGACAAGGGUUGUUUUUCCCCCACACGACCGACCUCGGUGUAAGUGAAUGCACUCAGGUAAUAUCUUUUUGUCUUCGCUAGAACGACGUGGGCGAAAAACGGAGAGCAGCAAGCUGAUUGGUCAAUGAAAACAGCUUCCUUUACCCUCAUUGGCCGUGGACCGAAAUAGCGCCCGGCAAUGAGGGCGGAGAAAAAAAUAUAUACAUAGAAGCUUUGAACAUGUUUUUAGACUUUAACCUAAGACCAAUAAGAGUAAUAUUGAUAACCAUACUACUUUCUUUCCUUUUUCAAUCAUUCCGGGUCUUGCUAAUCGCUCUAUCUUUUUAAUUAAGGGUGAAAGUCGCUGAAUCCGGCUAUACCAACCAGAAUAAACGGCUCGUAUUAUACUUCGGUGUUUCUACCAAAUAAAUAAUGUGCCGAGACUAGUGAUAUGUUACAAUUAAUAUCAAAUAUAUUAUAUGUGUUCAUUAUG